UGUUGUUACGAGGAGCACCGCCUUCUCUGGGCGGUUGCGGCGGCUGGUGGACUGGCACCCUGAGUCCGACUCCGGGCCAAAAUGCCGCAGUACCAGACCUGGGAGGAGUUCAGUCGCGCGGCAGAGAAGCUGUACCUCGCAGACCCGAUGAAGGCACGAGUGGUUCUCAAAUAUAGGCACGCUAAUGGGAAUUUGUGUAUUAAAGUAACAGAUGAUUUAGUUUGUUUGGUGUACAGAACAGAUCAAGCUCAAGAUGUGAAGAAGAUUGAGAAGUUCCACAGUCAGCUGAUGCGACUUAUGGUAGCCAAGGAGUCCCGCAAUGUUACCAUGGAAACAGACUGACAGUUUGAAAUGAUUGAAAUGAAGAUUCUGUUUGUAGGAAGUAAAUACCUUUUGAAAUUGAUAAAAUAUUGGAACAGAAAAUACUUUAUGUAACUAAGUGGGCUAUUCAAAAGUCAAGAGAUCAUUUUUUGUAUUUUCUUUUUAAUGUUUAUCUUAGAGCUGUAGGAAUAUAAAUGCUUUCAGUUAGAGAACCAUUAUUUUUUGGAAAUUGAACAAGAAAUGUCUCUAUCUUAGAAACUUUUUGCAGAAGCUAUUUGAUGUUAGGCAGAAUGUAUAAUUAUUUCUGUGGUGAAUCUGUAUCAGUAAUUUUAAAAUACAAUACCAAGAAAAGCCA